AUGUGGCAAAAUGCUUCCCUCUCCAAGUGGAAAAACUCCGAUUUCAAAAGCGCGCUCGCUCUUUUUGUAAGGAAAAGGUCGCGCCCUUCAAUACGAGGUUUUUUUUUCACUUGGAGAAGGAAGCAUUUUGCUACAUUUUUGAUGCUUCCAAAAAAUAGUACCUUUCAUUGCCACUGGAUCAGGUCCGUCACUGUAAAAUUGAUCGGGUCCUAAGAUAGCUUAUGCCUUUUUUUCCAAUUCAAAAGCUUAGUUUUGAGCUAUAGGAACCCCUGGUAUCUUUUUGACAAGCCUUAAAAUAUCAAAUUUGAUUAAUACUACACCUUAAUUUGUAGUUCCAAUAUAUAAAAUAGACAACUGAACCCUAUUUUUUACAAUCAAAAAAAAAAUGAUCAUUUACAGGAUGUCCUCGAGCUGCAAAACAAAAUCCGUCAGAUCCGCGUGCGCGCCGUCGACGGCAGCACCGUGAAGACGGUGAAUGUGGACGAAUCGAAGCCGGUCAAAGACCUGAUGGUCACGAUUUGCGGCAAGAUGGGACUCUCCAACCACGAGGAGUAUUCGCUGGUCAGGGACGCGCGAUUCGCGCCGCUGAAGCGCGACCAAAGCCUGUCGUCGCUGAACGGCGACCAACAAUACAAUGGGAACAACACAUUCAUGAACACGAUUGGCAGACGGCGAGAGAAACAGGUCCAACAGCUGCGCGCCAAAUUGCACACCGAUGACGACGUGUGCUGGCUGGACUCUAACCGCACUUUGAGGUAGGUGGGGCAAUCUACAGACGAAGAUAUAGUAUGAUUUAUAUAAGUCUGUCGCGGAAAUAAUGAGCACUCUGUCGCAUCGAAAAUCGCAUCACCCCCGAGAAUAUGAAUUGUGUCGCGACGAAAGCAAAUUUCUUUUCACUUCAGCGAAGCGAUCGCCGCUUUAUGCUCAUUAUUUUCCCGACAGACUGGUACAUGCGCAUAUACCGUACAUUGAAUGAAAUUUGGCCCAAAUUAUGGCUUUAAUUUCCGAAGACAUAUGCAAGAUUUUUAGCCGACGGUUUUCUAAAUAUAGCGCAGCAUUUUUUGACUUAAAGCCUCAGGCAACGCUUUUUUUUCCAAAUUUUGCCACGAAAAGUUUCACACCUAUUUUUAGAGUCAUAAAAAACCUUUUUUUCCGCGCAAAACUGGCAAAGGUAUAGCCAAAAAGUACCUCUCUCUUUGACCGCUCUCCGCGUUUCGCCUACUCUCUCGGCCGCAAAGACCGUUGAAUAUGUCGGCUCUGCCUGCAAAGCGCGAGCUAAAAUUUUUAGCAAUUGUUAUAUGAUCCAUGAAGAAGAUCAGCGCAAAAUUUCAUCAAAAUCUGAGCGUCGCACUUGGGGUACUUCAUUUGAUAAAAAAAAUUGGAAAAUUCCAAUCCAAUUCAACAUUUUCAGAGAGCAAGGGAUCGGAGAAGGUGAAGAGCUGAUCCUCAGACGCAAAUUCUUCGUCAGCGACACCAACCUGAACACAAACGACCCGGCCCAACUCGGCAUGCUCUACGCGCAGUGCCGCGACGGCGUGCUGGACGGGACGCAUCCCGUUUCGCGCGAGAUCGCUAUCAAACUGGCCGCACUCCAGUGUGCCAUCGAGUUUGGAGAGUAUCAAGAGGGCGUGGAGAAGAAAAUCAAGUAAGAUUUUUCCUCUUUUUCAGUCUGUCGGAUAUAUCGCCGAGGAAAUGAAUUCGGCGCAGCGACAUUUUGCUCAUUAUUUUCCCGACAGACACCUUUGCGGAAUGCCCGACAUAGCGCAUAAUGAAUAAGAUGGAAAAUUGGCGUAAACUUAGAGCGUGGAAAUUGAGAUUUUUUUUGAUCAGAAAAAUAAAAAAAACCUUUGCGAAUUUUGACAUGAGAAUUGUCAUACUUAUCUCUACUGUGGAGAGUAAUUUUUCGACAAAAAAUCAAUUUUUUCCGCACGAAAUUGACAAAGAUAUGGUCAAUACUUUUGUAUUCGUUUUCUCACUCCACUCCAGCGACGUUGCGAACAGCACAACAUUUUUGAAGGAUAUCCUAGCUAUCGUAGUGUUUCUACCGGCUCAGUAAAAAAUUUUUUCCACUUCCAGCAUGCGAGACCUCCUCCCCAAAGAAUACGCCAAAGCCAAGGAGCACGAGAAGAACAUUGUCGACGAAUGGAAAGAGCUGAUCAUCUACAACGAAAAAGUGCAGCUUCAGAAGAAGUACUGUGAAGUCUGCCAGUCACUGCCCACUUAUGGCGUCACCUUCUUCUUGGUGAAGGAGAAGGUGCCCGGCAAGAACAAACUGAUCCCCCGACUAUUGGGGGUGAACAAGGAUUCGGUGCUGAGAGUCGACGAGAAGUCGAAGCAAGUCUUGAAGGAGUGGCCGUUGGAGCAGGUGCGACGAUACGCGCCCGGCGCCCAGUUGUUCACUUUGGUGAGUUUUUGGAGUUUUUUGAAAUUUUCGGAGUGCUGUAGGUCAGUCUGUCGGGAAAAUAAUGAGCACUCUGUCAGACUGAAAAUCGCGUCGCCGCUGAGAAAAUGAAUCAAAUUUCUUUUCACUUCAGCGACGUGUAGCGACAUUGUGCUCAUUAUUUUCCCGACAAACUGACAUACUCAAUUUUUUACUUUUUCUGUCGCCGCGCGACAAAUUUCGUGCACGGCGGCGCACUGUGCAGACAUGUCAAGACUUUUUGGCCCGCCUAGUAUGAGUCUGUCGGGAAAAUACUGUGGAUUUGUCGCAAAAAAAAUUCUCGCCUUGUCACAGUCACCCACCAAAUCUCCAGCCUCGGCGAGCCGUCGCAACGCGAUGAUGGGCAAUUCCAAGGCGCGACAAAUCCACAUUAUUUUCCCGACAGACUGGUAAACCAUCUACCACAUAAAAAUCAACCUCUUCGGCCCUAAUCCCCUAAAAUUUCAGGACUUUGGCGACUACAAGGACGGCUAUUACUGUGUGAAAACCCCGGACGGCGAGAAAAUCGCCGCCCUCAUCAGCGGCUACAUCGACAUCAUCCUGAAGAAGAAAAAGUUGGCCGACCAUCUCGGAAUCGAAGGAGACGAAGGCUCCACAAUGCUGGAGGACCAAGUCGCUCCGGCUCGCGCCACGCUCAUCGGUCAUGGCGAAAUCACACGCCCACAGCAACUGCAAGGCCUGCCGCAGGGUGCGCUGCGCUCACGGUCCAGUACGCCGUCCGGCUUGCCGAAUGGCGCCCAGUACGGUGCCGUGUCGGGCUACGUCACCACGCAGGAGAUGCCGCGCGGCGAACGAGUGCGCUAUGUAAACCCGCGCGAACGCGCGCAGAGGGCGUUGAUCGGGACCAUUGAGGCGACCAUUCGCGCCGUUCAAGAGGCCGAGGAGGAGAUUCAACGCCCGCCACAGAUCGACUUGUUGCGCUUCGAACCGAGCCGCCGCGAAUGGCGCGUUGAGGUGGAGAAGGAGGCGGUCAGCGACCGAUUGGCUGCCAUGGGCGCGGCUACGGCCGAAGUCGUCCAACUCACCGCCAUUCCGGACGACACGGACUCGCGUGUCGGCACUGCGAUCGCCACAAUCGGCUCCAAUCUGCCGGAAAUGGGCCGUGGCGUCCGCGAGCUGGCACACAUGAUGCCUGAGGAAGAGCGCCGUGGAGAUUUGAUCGAAGCCUCCAGACGCUUGAUGAAUGCGUUCGGCACCUUCAUCGACAAAGUCCGACCCGACCAGAACGAGAAACGAGCCAACAUUUUGUCCGCUGCAUCGGCAGUCGGCGAGACCUCUCACGACGUCAUCAAGACCAUGCGUGACGAGACCCACGAAGACCGCCAAUACCACGAUCAACUUAUUCAGCGCGCCAGGAAUGUCGCCACGAACACCGCCGGCCUUGUCAUGCACGCCAAGACCAUCUCCAGCGACUGCGGCAACGACGGCUUGAAGGAGCGCGUCAUCAACAGCGCCACACAGACCGCCUUCGCCACGUCCGAGCUGGUGGCGUGCACUAGGGUUGUAGCACCAACCAUUGAGCAUCCCUCGUCGCAGGAGCGCCUCACCGAGGCCGCGCAGAAUGUCAGCCGAACCGUGGAGACGCUGGUUGAGCACUCCCGCGAGGCUGUUCAGCAUUCGCGCUCUGGAAACGGACAAAACCAGAUUGGAGAUCUGACUGCGGCUGCCAGACAAGUUACACAUGCCUUGGAUGAUCUGAUUGAUCAUAUUCGGACCAGUCCCAGAGGUCAAGGAGGUCACAGAAGACACGAGGAGAACUACAACUACGAGGAGGUGUUGAGAAGCUCGAACAGAGUCAUUACCGGCGCUCAACCGCAACGAGAUGCCAAUCAGGUAGGGCGGGAUGGAUAGGCGAUAUGCUGUCGAGAAAAUAACGGGGAACCGGUAGAAAUUUGCCGGGAACAUAAUGUGGAACCGAUAUCUGUCUGUCGGGAAAACAAUAUGGAUUCAUUUCUCCACAUAUGUCGAAAAAAUAAUGUGGAACCGAUGUAUGUCUGUCGGGAAAGUAACGUGGAUUCAUUUUUUUCACUUUUGUCGGGAAAAUAAUGUGGAUUCGCCAUUUAAUCGUCAGUAUGUCUUUGAGACGGUGAGGUGCGGCUUUACUGCGACAAACUGAGACAUUUUGUUUUCGACAAAUCCACAUUAUUUUCCCGACAGACUGAUAGCGGCCGUGUGGUCUUUAGCCACUUUCGAUUGAAAAAUGAUAAACACAAGCCAUGGUUGGUAUCAAAACGUAUCGCUGAGACAACCCGAAGUUUUUCAAUCGCCUUUUUCAUAAGUUAUAACACUUUUUGAUACCAAAUUUGGGUUGAAUUUGACCCCUUUUUUGCCAUGCUUCUCCUUGCUGCCUCUGCAGCUCAGAGAAUCAAAAUCUUCUCUUAAAAUACAACAAUUUUCCUCUCAAUAUCGCCUUGAAAAUUGAUCAACAUUCCAUUUCCAGGCCAUCCGCCACUCCCGAAUCCUCGUGGAGCAAUUCGAAAACGGCGCCGAAGCCGACCCCAACCAACGCGACAAGCUGUUGAAUGCGGCGCGAAACGUCGCUCAAGCCACCUCGAACAUGAUCACCGCCACGCAGGAGGCGCAAAGUCGACCGCAAGAGGCCGAAGCGCAGAUUGCGUUGAAGUCGGCGGCCGAAAACUUGGUUCAGGUGGGUUGGUGUGCAGAUGGGUUACAGUUUUACGAAGAGGACUUUAUGGAGUUUAGUGUUGUACAUAUCGUUGACGAACGCAAUCGUUGGGAGUAUGGGCUGCUGAUUGAGACUAGUGUAUAGAAAAGUAUGGGUUAUGGUAGCGGAUUUUGAAGUAUACUGUUGAGUAGGAAAGUGCAAGAAAGUGCGACGCUCAGAUUUUGGCAAAACUUGGAAUAAAUGGAAUAAAUUUAGUAUAAUUUUUUCUAAGACAUAUGCGAGAUUCCUUGCUUACGAUUUGCAAAAAUGACCGAGAUUUUUUGAUCCAAAGUUGGCCAAAUAUGGAAAAUUUUUUGCAAAUUUCGGCCUGAAAUUUUUCAUGUCUAUUUCUACGGUAGAGUACAAUAUUCCCACAAAAAAUCAAUUUUUUCCGCGCGAAACUGGGAAAGAUACGGACCAAAAAGUGUCUUUUCUCUGACCGCUCUCCGCAUUUUACGUACUCUCUCGGCCGCAAAGAUCGUUGAAUAUCUUGGCUCUCCCAGCAAAGCGUGAGCUAAAACUUUCAGCGAUUGAUAUGUAGUCCAUGGUCGACGUAUGUGCAAAAUCUAAAAAAAAUCUGAGCACCGCAAAUCGAACUUUUGAUACUUCGAAAAUCAAGAUUUUUUGAUUUUUUUGGCCAAAAGUCUCCAAAAAAUCUCCAAAACCAGCCCAUAUUCCCGUCGAUUCCGUUAAAAAAAUUUGAGUUUUGCCUCUCAACCCGUUUGUUGUGCCAUAUCACUCACUUCUUCACAUAUCCUUUCUACAGUUUGAGGUGUCUUAAGUAAUUAUUUCCCUCCGAUUUUCCUGGUGCUUGAUAACCUUUCCCAACGCAUUCCAUUAACCCGUUUUCCCUCGGUGUUUCGCUUCCAUAUACGGUGAUUGCCGGCGAGUAAUUGCGAUGCUUUCAGCAACCACGUCAUAAUUACGCCAAGUCCUAGACAGCUUUGUUUUUGCUCUAUUCUAUCGAAACUUUUUUUGAAUUUUUUCGAACUUUUCGCAUGUAUUUAUCUGUUUCUUUGUUCUUGAGGGAUGGGCGAUGAUUUGAGGGGAAUUUGGGGGAUUUUCAGCAAUUUUUUGUUGAAAAAUAAAAAAAAAAUUGAAAUGAAUUUUUUUGAUUUUUUACUCAAAUUGCGACACUCAGAUUUUGAUGAAACUUGGCACGAAUUUAGAACAACUUUUUCCUAGAUAUAUGUGAGAUUUCCAGCUCGCAAAUUAACAGAAAAAACCAAGAUUUUCCGAUCGAAAUUUCGAAAAAAUGUAAAAUUUUUUUGCAAAUUUUGCCAUGAAAAGUUUCAUAGCUAUUUCUACCGUAGAGUAUAACAUUUCCACAAAAAAUCAAUUUUUUCCGCGCGAAACUACCAAAGAUACGGCCAAAAAGUAAAUUUUUUCUCUGACCGCUCUCCGCAAUUCGCGUGCUCUCUCGGCCGCAAAGAUUGUUGAAUAUCUCAGUUCUCGCUGCAAAUUGCGGGCUAAAACUUUCAGGAAUUGAUAAGUAGACCAUGAUGGACGUAUGAGCAAAAAAAUUCGAAAAAAUCAAAAAUUUGAGUGUCGCAAUUUUGAUUUUUUAUCAAAAAAUUGUAUUUUUUUGUCAUAUUCUUAAAUUUGGCUCUCCAAAAACCCUCUCAAAUCCAUUAUCCUCCCUUUAUUCUAUCCAUCCAUCUGUCUCUGUCCAGGAUUUUCAAAAAUUUUCGAAAAAUUUCGCACGUUUUCCACUCCCCCUUCCGAUCAGCUGCUCUACGCCGCCGGUUCAGCGGAUUAUUAACGCUCUUCCGGCUCUUUCAUAACCGCGCAUCAAUUUUUUUUCGAAUUCGCGCAACGCCACUAAUCCGACUGCAUAAUAGCGAGGGGUUUUCAAAGCAAAAAAUUUUUGAAAAUACAUUUCCCUCAUGGCCUAUACGAUCUAUCGUUGGCGCUACGAAAAGGUCGAGUUUUACGGAAAAGUAAGUGGGAUUUUUUGGAGGAAAAUCUGGCCGAUUUUUUAUGCUAAAAACUUUUUUUUUGUUAGUGAAAUUGUUAGUUAUACCUAAGCAUAUUAUACUUGAUUUUUCUGUUAGUUAUUAAUAAAAUUUUAAAAUUUUUUUAGCGAAUUUGUUAGCGUUAUGUAUUUGAUUUGGUAUGUAGGCAAAGUUUAGAUACCAUUUCACAACAAAUUUUUAAAAUUUUAUCAAAAUUUGAAUUUUGAAAAUUUAAAAAUUUUUUAAAAUUUGGUCCCCCUUUACCCCGCCCGCCCUCUAAAUUACCAAAAUUACCACGCCUACUCUCUAUUCUAUCUCUAUCGUCCAUCACAGCUUUAAUCUCUCCUGUUUACUGCGUCAAAUCAACCAAACUUUCUCGUUUUUUCUUCACCUUUCGGCUCUGCCCCAGUAAAUCCGUCUACAUGCCCUCCGGGCAUCUCGCCGUCCAAGACGAUUUACUCUCGUAGACCCCGAUGCAUUUGAGACAUAUGAUUCCACAGUGACCCGCGGUUAUUGUGGCCUUUUUUCAGCUACAGUCUUCUUUGCUGCAGCAACCUUUUUGCGCAACUCUUAGUGACACAUCAGCUUUAAUCAAGUCGUCUUUUCUAGUCCGAAUCCGUCUUAUCUUUCAGUUUUUGUAUUGGGUGGUUUCAUAAAGUGCACGGACAGUUUUUUCGCGGCUCGCACUGUGCAUAAAAAGUAAAAAAUUUUGCACUGUGCAUUCCCAUUUCCUUUGGUUUUCGCACUGUGCGGCGAAAUAUCGCUGCGACAGAAGCAAGUUUUAACUUUGUACAGUGCAGACGGCUUGCUGUCGGUUGCACAGUGCAAACGGCUUUUUUGUCGCUUGCACAGUGGGAAAAAUUCAAAACGCACUGUGCAUGAGCGACAAGUGUGGGAAAAAGUUCCGAAUGCACUGUGCGGACGGCUUUUUCGUCGUUUGCACAGUGCAAACAGCUUUUUCGCCACUUUCACAGUGCAAACAGCUUUUUCGCCACUUGCACAGUGCAAAAGGGCCUUUUCGUCGUUUGCACCGUGCGAAAAGUUCAAAAUGCACUGUGCACGAGCGACAAGCGUAGGAAAAAGUUCCGAAUGCACUGUGCGGACGGCUUUUUCGUCGCUUGCACAGUGCAAACGGCCUUUUCGUCGGUUGCACAGUGCAAAAGACUUUUUUUUGUCGUUCGCACCGUGCAAACGGCCUUUUUGUCGUCUGCACAAUGCAAAAAAUUCAAAAUGCACUGUGCGCGCGCGAAAAAAUGUCCAUCCCACUUUCUGAACCUACUAACCCCCUAUUAUCGAGUAUUGUAAAUUGAGAUUUUUUCCAAAUAAAAAAUUUUUUUUAUUCCGUCGGUUUUUGUAUGAUUUUUUUGAAUUUUUCCAUGGAAAUAACCAAGUUUUUGACGAACGAGUGCAGAGUUGUUUUUUGGCUUCGGUUGAUUGCGCAACAGUCCGGUUGUAUCCCCCCGAUUUUUCUGAGAAUUUCAGUCGACCCUUUGGCACCCGUAACAAUUUUUUUUUUCAAAAAUUUUCAAUUUUUUUCAAAAAAAAAUUUUUUUUUCAAAAACCCAAAAUUCCAUAUUUGCUUCGUUUCAACGAAAAUUCAGCCAAUUAGCAGUGAAAAUCACCCGUAAACAUUGUAGAUAUUUCCAUAGUUAACAGCAAAGAUGCACUUGCAUUGCUUUCCAUGCGAAAAUUCGAAAGAGAAAUACAAAAAUCUUCUGUUUCCAAUACUAUUUCCCCACUUUUCUUCCAUCUAUCUUUCACCUACAUCUUCUCCGCACUGUCACCGCGAAGUUCGAGGUACCGCUUUUGGGUCUAAUUGAGUUUUUGGGUUGUUGAAGCGAAGCAAAUGUGUGUGGAGUAGAAAUGAUUUAGGUAGACUAACAUAAUUAGACGAUUUCUUUUGAAUUUGAGGGCAAGAGUUAUUUUACAGUGUAAUUUUGGCUUUAAAAAUACCAAAAAGUUCAUAAAGUAAUCAAAUUUUCAAAAAAAAAUUUUUGGUCCCACCUUGCCAUACUUUCCAAAUUUUUGCCAAAAUGCCAUGCCCGAUCAUUCUUCAAGAAUUUUCUUUCCAAAAAGUCAGCCUCUAGCAAGCCACAGUAAAAUUUGAUGACUAAAAACCCGACUAGAUUCCAACCCCAUUCUAAACCGGACUGUUGCAGGCAACGAAUGCCGCUGCGAACGAGCGAAUCGCCGAGGAUUCGUUCCGCAGCCUCGAAAGAGCGGCCAAGAAUGCGUCGGCCGCAGUCACGCAAACCGUCUCGGCCGUGAAUUCGGCCCAGCCCCACAUCCACAACCAUCAGACCGUCGAGGAGCUGAUUAUCGAGUCGCAGAUCACGAGCAAUCAUGUUCGACCCGUCAUUACGGCUAUCAAAGGUAAGAAGGAGCGCUGAAGAGGAAAAAAUUGGAUUUCUUUACAAAGGAAAUUUGUUUUUGUUUACCUCUAUAUCAGUCUGUCGGUAAAAUAAUGUGCACAAUGCCGCUGUGCCGAUCGCGUCGCUGAAGUGAAAAGCAAUUUGAUUUUCUCCGCGACACAAUUCAUUUUCUUGGUGACGAUGAGAUUUUCGAUGCGACAGAGUGCUCAUUAUUUUCCCGACAGACUGAUAGAUAGAGAGUACCAAGCCUCCCUGAAUUCUACAGGCGCCUUGGAAUGGUGAAAUCUCAAUUUUUACCCAAGUUUCACCAUAAUUGAGCACUCAAAUUUACAAGGGAAGUGCCCCAACUGCGACGUUCAAGUGUUCUCGGUAGACAUAGCAAAAAUCGUCAUGCCAAAGUGCGCAAAAAAUUAUCUUAUUUUUGCCAAUUUUUGACCUAAUAAUGUGGUUCAGAAAAGCGCAAGCUGAAAAUCUUGCAUAUCUGGUGUGAGAAAAAAUCAUUAUAACUUUGUGCCAAGUUUUGUCAAAAUUUGAAUGUCGCACUUGGGGUUUUGCCCUUGUCACUCUGUCCCUUAAAUUUUUGAAUUAACUAAAAAUGCGACACAAAACUCCAAAAUCUUCAUUCCAGAAUCUCAAGCCGCCGCCACUCCAUCCGACCGAUUCCGUGCCCAAUCCAGUCUGAUCUACGAGACCGAAGAGUUCCUUCCGCCAGCCUCACAACUCGUUGAUCUUGCCCGCCGUGCCGUGCCCGAAGUCAAAGAGCCUCACAGCGCCUCAAAUCUCCAGUCAACCUCGCAGAAGCUCUCAACGGAACUUGCGACUCUCAGAACUACGCUGAACAAGGCGCGUCAGCUCAAUUACAAUCAACAACUUGAUCAUACCGAGGAGUUGAUCCGAGAGUUGGAUCAGGCCUUGCAACAGACCAAUCGAGACGUCCGUGAAGGCCAUAUCCGACCAACCGCGGCCGCUGGCGACGCCAGCCAACGGCUAAAUGAUGCGGCAAGACAGGUCAGCUCAACUCUGACUCAAUUGGUUUCGGCGGCCCAAAGCGCGGACAAGCAACAUGUUGGAGCGUCGGCGAUGGAUGUCUCUAACGCCUUGAGGCGAUUCACCUACAAUGCUCAAGAGAUCGCACCGAGCUGUGGAAACAAUGUUGAUACGUAUGUAAUUUUGACGCUAUACGCUUUGUUUUAUCACAAAAAAUGCUAAAACUUCCUCCAAUUUCAGUUUCAUCGGCAACACUCGCAACGUAGUCCAUGAUUCGGGAAACAUCUUUGUUCAAGUCCGCAAUCAAGCCUCGCCAAGCCGUCUGCGCGACAGUCUGAACACUGUGCAAGCAUCAAUUCGCCAGACGCUCAACGUCCUGCCGGAUCACGCCUCAAUCGAAGAGGCGGUCAAGAAAAUCGCUCAAGCCGAACACGUCCAAGUCUCAACGUCGUUGGAUCUGCGUCAAGCCGCUGGAAAGUUGAUUGAAGCUGCCUCCGAACUAAUCGCCGGCCUUCGAGCCCCUGAACAACGAGGCCGGGUUGACCAUUUCGUCGAAGCCUACAUCACCUUCUUCGCCGUGACUCGCACCCACAUCAACGAGAAAGUCAGCGAGCUACCGGUGAAACGAGAGAUCCUGGAGAACCUGGAGAUCUCGCGCAACGCCGCCAUCAACGUUUUGGAGCGCUUUAGCGGCGCUCAAUUGGACCCUCAAUCGUUGGUCCAUACCCAACAGUUGAGUCAAUCGGCUCGUCAGCUGAGCGAGAGUGUCACAACGAUCGUUAACAUUACAAGCCAGGAAGCGCCAUGGGUGAAGGAGUGCGACAACGCGUUACGAAAGAUCGAGGCCGUCCGACCGAUUCUGAAUGAAGCUAUCGUUCCGCAGAACCACAACAGCUACUAUGAAAGCUUGGACGCCGUGACCGAAGAGGCCAAACGACUUGGCAGUGGACUCUCCGGAAUGGCGCAUCACGCUCGUCAUGGCAAUGGCGACGAGCUCUACAAAGCGGUGCAUCAAGCGGGUGAUGCGGUCUGCGGACUGGCCGAGAAUGCAGUCCAAUCCGCCUAUCUAAUCGGUGCCGGACACCCUCAAAGCGUUGGGGGAAGACCCGCACUGUUCGAUGUGGAACGCCUGAACCGCAAUCUCUUGGCCAUUCAAGCCAUCACCGAGAAGAUUGUCAACGGACAGGUUGAGACCUCCGACCUGGUCGCGGAAAUGCAAGCAAUCGCCGCGCACGCCUCAAAUGUCGCUCAGAUUUGCCGCGAUGCCACAGAACGCACAUCCAGCUCGACGACGAAGAAGCAAUUUACCAACUGCGCCCGAGACAUCACCGAUAUCACAUCCAAACUGAUUGCGGCAGUGAAAAAGCUUCAAGCCAAGCCAGAAUCCAUCGACCAUCAACAGGACGUCAACGAACGAGCGUUGGAAUUGAACGAUGCAGCGCAUACGCUCGCUCAAUUCGUUGAUCGGCCCGACUUCACGCCAAAUGCGGCAAAGAUCAGCGCUGAAGGUCGUCAGUCCCAAGAACCACUGCUCCAAUCAGGCCGACAGAUGUUGGACGCUUCGGCCAAGAUGUUCAGCACGGCCAAAAAGUUGGCGGUGAACGCAACCGACGCCAACACUUGGCAAGAGAUUGCGGACAACAGUCGCGUUGUCUCGGAGUCCAUCAAGAACCUGGUAACCACCAUCCGCGACCAAGCUCCCGGCCAGGCCGACCUCGACUUGGCGAUUGAGAAGCUGGGCGCGCUGAUUCGUCAACUUGACCGUGCUGCCUUGGAUGCGGCACAAGAUCAACUGCCCAGAUCCAACAUCUCCGAACAACGGGUUCAUCAACAAAUCGUCUACUGUACGCAGACCCUAUUGGAGCACAUUGACCCGCUCAAGGCGGCCGCCAAAUCGCAUGCCGAGCAGCUGGGCCAUGAAGUUCGCGAACAUGUCAAAUCGACCGAAACACUCGUCCAGUCGGCGGUUCAAGCGGCUUCAUUAAGCUAUGACUCCGACGCGCAGAACAAGUUCUUCGAGCAGUGCAAGACGGUGGUCGAAGCCGAACUCAAGCUGAUGAUUGCCGCAAAAGAUGCCGGAGGCAACCCGAAGGCCGAACAACUCCACUCGGUCGUCGAUGAAUGGGCGAAUCAGCUGCGUCGAGCACUGUCCGACCUGGAAAGAAGCGUCAACUUGCUGGACAGUCAAGCCGGGGUCAUCCAUGGAAUCGUGGAGACGAUUACGAGGAGCAUCGCUAUCACCGACCAGUCCAAAGCGGUUGACCCGAGCGACUCGUUCCCGAAUGUGCAAGCGCGAAUGGUCGAAGGGUUGGAGAAAAUCCGCAAGAUCGCCGAAGAUAUGCCUGUCCGAGACGUGGAGGACCUCGGCAAGGACAGCUUAACUUUGGCCGAGCUCUACCGAACGUUGGCUGAGGAUGGCCGAGUCGCAACUUCGUUGUUGACCAACUCCGACCUCUCCUACAAGCUGAAGGUCUCGGUUCAACGGCUCGGAACAACGUCCAUUGAGUUGGUCCGUGUCGCCGGUCAACGUCGCUCCCAUCCGUACGACGAACGGAUUCGACACGAUCUCCAACGAUCGUCGGAGGUUGUCGUGGAACGCUGCGAAGAGGUCUUGGCGGCGCUGUACGAAGGCUCACGGGGAACGCAAGCCUGCAUUAACGCUGCCAACACUGUUUCCGGUAUCAUCGGAGAUCUAGACACGACCAUCUUGUUUGCCACUUCCGGCUCACUAAAUCCAGCCUCUCCGCAGCAUCAGCCGCAGAGCGCCAAGGAGCAUCGCGACACAAUUGUUCGUACCGCCAAGGCGUUGAUCGAAGAUACCAAAGCACUCGUCACCGGUGCCGCUUCGAACCAAGAGCAACUCGCGGUGGCGGCGCAGAACUCGGUCCGCACCAUUAUGCAGCUCACGGAAGCCGUGCGUCGCGGCGCGUCCGUCCUCUCCAAGGACUCGCAGGAGUCGCGAGUGCUCGUGUUCCAUGCAUGCCGCGAUGUGGCCGCGUCGUUGUCGAACCUCAUUAACGCCACGAAUCGGGCGUCCGGAAGGAACCCGCAAGACCCGGCAAUGAGCAAUCUGAAGGACGCCGCCAAGACGAUGGUUAUUAAUGUUUCGAACUUGUUGAAGACGGUGAAAUCAUUUGAGGAGCAGAAUCGGGGAGGAGCAUAUGCCCUCGAGGCUGCUAUGGAUGCCAUUGAUUUCGCUGUCAGGGUAAGUGGCGGUUUUGUGGACAACGCUAGGGGAUACUAUCAGUGUGUCGGGAAAAUCAUAUGUUUUGUCACGCCUAUCACCGCUUUGCGACGGCUCGCAGGAGAUUUGUUGCGCGACUGCGACGAGGCGAGAAAUUCUGCUGCGACCAAUCCACAUUAUUUUCCUGACAGACUGAUAUGUAUAUACCACCGCCGAGCAGUACAUUCUAAUCUCUACUUUUCAGCAAUACGACCUCAACGAAUCCCCCAAGCGCACCGAUCCCGCUACCGCCGAAGAUGUGAUUCGAGCCACCCGCGAAGUCACCGAGGCCUCAACCCGCGCCACAACGAUGGCGUCGGCCCUCGACACCGAGCGUGUGAUUGCGGCGUCCAACUUUGCGCGCAAAGCUGUCGCCGACCUCUUGUCCACUACCUUGUCCGCUUCGCUGAACGCCGACACUCCCGAAUUGGGGGCGAAGACGAAGAAUGCGGGACGGGAGGUGGCGAUUCAGGUGAAACAACUGCUUCAACAUCUGUUGGCCUAUGUUGCACAGCCCGCAAAUCAUUCAUGCAAGGAGCUGAUCUUGUUGGCUUCACAGGAGGUGUCUAAUGUAAGUCGGGAUUUCUUUGCUGGGUCUAUAUUAGCUAGUCCUUUCCCCAAGGGUCCGAAUUGACUAGUCCUUUCCCUGAGGGCCCGAAUUUCCGAAACAAACGUCCCGAAAAGUCAAUUGGCGAUAUCGUUUCGAAACAUCUCAAGUUUUGGUCCAUUCUUCACGCCUAUUGAUACAUCACUCCCCUUCCCCGGCCGCUGCCCUCCGUCCCCAAGGCCCUCAGGGCACAAGCAUGGGACGUCGGGAGGGUCCGAACCAACUCUCGCCGUCAAAAGAGCGAGAAGCGGGGCCGGCGCACGAAAAAAUUGUCCAUCUGUUUCUGCGAUAUUUUCUUUCGUCGUUCGGUCUUUCAGGGGGGGAGGCCGAGAGGUCGUUUAUUCAUCCCCUUUUUUUCUUGCAGUCAGUCGGGAUUUUGGCCAACUGUUGUGAGGCGUUGCGCUCCAACUGGUCCACCGAACGCAGAGAGCCGCAGAAUGCGAUCGAGGCCGCCGAAAACGAGCUGCUCGGCGCCGCGUCGUCGAUUGAGGCCGCCGCCGAACGACUGCAACAUCUGAAGCCCAGGCAUCAAGUUCAGGUUGGUUUUGGUUUGAAUUUUAUUGUAUUUUACUUUAUUUUUUGGCGAUUUUUUUGACUGGCAAGGGAAAGCAAUGUCUAUAAAUAUUCAAGAUUAAAUUUCAAGCGAUUGUGACCAAAAAUUAAUCAUUCGCUAGGCUUAUUAAGUAUGUGUGAAUUCGGCCGUAUAAGGGUCAAUUUGAGUCCAAAAAUUAGGGUGAUGGCAUCUGAAGUCAUCUUACAGUAAUUAGAGGUGAAAAAUUGGUUUUUGCGACAUGCACUGUGCAAAAACAACAGUUUUGCAAUAGACUUCUUUUUCUUGUCAUCGCUGGACUUUUUCUUCGCGGUUCAAAUGCCAAAAAUUGUUUCAACGACUGUCCGAACGGACAAGCAACAGUCUGUCGGGAAAAUAAUGUGGUCUCGUAGCGCCUUGGAAUCUCCCAUCAUCGCUUUCUUGACGGCCGUCUGGAGAUUUGGCAGGCGACUGCGACGAGGCGAGAUAUUUCGCUGCAACAAAUCCACAUUAUUUUCCCGACAGACUGAUAUCUCAGCGUCUUUCUUCUCUAUGAUCGCCGAAGUAAAAAGCAAUCUGAUUUUCUCCGCGACACAAUUCAUUUUCUCGGCGGCGAUGCGAUUUUCCCUGCGAUAAAGUGUUCAUUAUUUUCUCGACAAACUGAUAUCUCAAAUUUUUUACUUUCUGAAAGUCUACGAGCAAAAAAUUUGACCAAUUUUUGAUCAUUCCACAGCCCUUCCAAGGAAAUUUCUGUUUCCUACAGUAGCUAAAAGUGUUUGAUUUGCGAACCGCCUAACCCAAUUUCGCGCAUCUCGCCUCGUUUUGCUCAAUUUAUUCAAAUUUAAUCCGCCCAUAAAGCGAGAGGGAUGGGGCUGCUUAAGCGGGCGGCUUCAAAUCCCCGGCUUCAAAUCCGAUUUCCCCCCUUCAACUGUGAUUUGAUUUGGCCAAAAAUUAUGGCCAAAGUUAUGCGCUUCCCAAGUCGGAAAUUGUGUAUUGACUUGUCGCAAGUGACGACAUUCGUCUCCGGUUUACGACCGGCCGGCCGCAUGUGGUAUUAAGACCUUGCACUUCGGGGUCUGUUUAUGCCCCGGCUUCGAUUCUUCGCCGGGAUUCGAAACGUUUCGAACAGCCGCGGCCCCCCCGAAAAAACAUGCCCCGCCGCCGGUGCUGGGGACUUAUGCCGCCGGAAAUCGCCGGCGAACAGCUGGCCGGCUUCGGCGGGGCCAAAGGUUUCGGCCCCAUCGUUUUUUGGAUGGGUUUUGGGACGUGACAAAUUCUUUCGCAAACACUCGAAGAUAAUGUCAUCAUUUGGGAGGCGGGUGAAAAGGCCAUUGUCUUUAUCGUUUCCUCGUGUUCUUUAGGCGUUUUUACGUCUUAUUGCUUUAGUUUGUCUAUCAGGCAGUCGGGAAAAUGAUGAGCAUUUGGUUCAUAAAGCCUGACUUUGGAAACGACCAGUCGCACAGGCUUGUCGGGAAAAUAAUGAGCACUGUGUCGCAUCGAAAGUCGCAUCGCCGCCGAGAAAAUGAAUUGUGUCGCGGAGAAAAUCAAAUUGCUUUUCACUUCAGCGACGGGAUUGGCCAUCGACAGAAUGCUCAUUAUUUUCCCGACAGACCGAUAAUUCAUAUUUAUUUGAGGGGCCAAGACUAGGCCCAACUCAUUUUCUCUGCGGCGAUGCGAUUUUCGAUGCGACAAAAUUCUCAUUAUUUUCCCGGCAGACUGUUAGACAAACACGAAGUUAUAAGACGCAUAGCGGAAGAUUUCAGCGUCUCCAGCGAUUAAAAUGAAGGUUCAGGGAUCCCAAAAGACCCCCGCACCACAUCAUACAUUCUUCCAUUUAACCAGUCUCUGCCCAUUAAUUCCGAGUUCUGAACCUCUUUCGGGCGUCGUAUGUGGGCCCCACAUAGAACCCCAUUACGCAUUAAUGGAUUAGUUAUGGCCUAUGAUCUAUUUAAAUGCAUUCAGCGUAUACAACUUUUGCCUCCGAAAAAACACUGCGUUUAGCUUCGGGCCGCGUUUCCGCCUCGGGGAUUUGGUUAUAAACAGCAGUCCGCCUUCUGCGGUAUAAGGCCCGUUCCGCCGCCGCCGCCGGAACUCUGGCUUCUGCGGCUUCUGUUUCGGACAUGCCGCACUAAUCCCAGGCCUUUUUCCGCGCAAUUAUCUUUAAUUAAAAGUGGGCGGCAAUUCCAGACGCCGCUCGAGUGGGCCUUGAAGUGCGAUGAAGGCCCGUAGAUGGGGCCUUCAUGUCGUCACUUAACCUCCUGCCUGUCGAUGAAUGCGAAAAUUCUCCAGCGGUUUUUUUAAGGCAUAGCGGGCUGGUUUCCGUAGAGGCAUGGCCACUUUUUGAAGGUUUUUAGGUAUUCAAGUGUUCGUGUUUCAUCUGAAAUCCAUUUUUGGUCAUUUCAUAUCAGAAUUUUAAGGAAAUGCAACUCUUUUUCGGCCGAAUUAGCUCGGAAUAAACACUAAUUCUUGGGCUGGAAAUAUCCCAAGUGCGACGCUCAGAUUUGCGUCAACUUUUGCUCACAUUUUAGGCUUGGUCCACAUAUCAAUCACUGAAAAUUCUAGAUCACGCUUUGCCGCCAGAGCCAAGAAAUCCAAGAAUCUUUGUGGCCAAGAGAGCACGCAAAAUGCGAAGAGUGGCUAGCGAAAAACACUUUUUGGCCAUAUCUUUACCAGUUUCGUGCAGAAAAAAUUGAUUUUUUGUGGAAACAUUACCCUCUACAGCAAAAAUACCCAUGAAAAUUUUCAUGCCAAAAUUCACAAAAAAAUUUCACAUUUUUUUCUACUUUAGAUCUAAAAAUCUCGGUCGUUUUUGCAAAUACCGAGCUAUGUAUCUCGCAUAUGUCUUAUAAAAAAAUAAUCUAGUGCCAAGUUUCAUCAAAAUCUGAGCGUCGCACUUGAAGUACUUCACUUCAAAAGUAGUCUCUCCUCAUUUAUCGUACUCUCUCACAAAAACGAUCAUUAUACCAUCGAAUUUCAUUGUCAGCUUUCCUCAGGAGGCCUAGCUACUGAAUAGUUAAAAAAUACUGGUCUUCCAGUUCGUUAUGAGUCCUUAUUGCAGCCCAUGUGUCCUUAUAUCAUCCCAAUGUGUCCUUAUAUCAUCCUCACUUUUCCUUAUAGCAAUCGUUAUGUCAAUGUCGGGCGGCGCAUCCAACUUUAUCGCUUGGGAUCUGCGCCUUCAGCCUCUCCUAAUCCCAACGCCUUAUGGCCCAGAGAUCCGCGCGUUUCGCACAAUGAAGCCAACUCUAACUAAGUCAUUAUGCAUUUUAUGCCCGCCUCAAAUUCAAUCCGCCGUUCUCAAGGUCGUUAAGUCCAAGUUCGUUCCUCCCGCUUUCGGAGAGCCUGAUUCCUUGGCCCAAACGCCUCAAGAAAUAUGGAGAGGAAUGCCCGCUCAAACAGCGGGCAUUUCGAGAGGUGAAAGGGGGCAAAGGUCACGGCAAAGGAUCGCCCUCCGAUUUAUAGUAGUAGGGAGGGCGACAAUUCUUUCGGCCGCUGUUUUUUGCAUGCACUGGCCAAUGCAUAAAACAUUCUCCUCAGUUUAGGGCCUGAGGGAUUUUUCAAGGCUCUCUGAGCGGUCAAGCCGGCUGAAUGGACUUGAUUUGUAAUAUAGAUUGGCUUUUCCCUGGGGGUUUCAAAGGCUUAGUAGGUGAGCUAAGCUUUUCAGGGACUGAUAAGUGGAGAGAGAAGAUUUAUGCAAAAUUUGAAGUAAAUCUGAGCGUCGCACUUGGAGUACUGCCCUUGUUAGAUCAAUAGGCUAAAUUUUAAAAUUUUCUCCCAGAAAUUGAUGAAAUUUUUUUAAAUCCCUGUAAUUACUGUAUUACAUAGAGUACUAUUAGUUCGUCGGGAAAAUAAUGUCUUUUUUCGGGGUUUGCACUGUGCAAAAUUUGCGACAAAACGGCCCUGGGAAGCGUCAAAAAAUGAACGCUUUUUUUGAAAAACCGUUGUAUCACUCUGUCGGGAAAAUAAUGAGCACCAUGUCGCUGCACCCAUCGUGUUGCUGACCUCAAAACCAAUUUGAUUUCCUCCGCGACACAAUUUAUUUUAUGCGAUUUUCGCUGCGACAGAAUGCUCAUUAUUUUCCCGACAGACUCGUAUCGCCCUCUUGAUCUUCUUAACCUCGGAUAAGAAGGUCAAAACUCCGCAGGGAAACGCUGAAUUUCCCUUAAUCCUGACGCUUUUUCGUCCCUCUUUUCCAAUUAGCCGGCUCUCGUAAAAUCGCGAUUAAAUUCGCUCUCCUUCGGCUUUGUUUCGGUGAGGAGAUUCGGAGCCACUUCAUAGUUCAAAGCGCCCCAAAAUUCCCGCCGCUUUUAUGCCAAGUGCACAUGGCGCGACUCGAAUUGCACAAUUUUAUUCAAAUUUCAGCGGCUUCCGCCCCGCCUCUUAGGCGAUUGCUUUUCCGCUGUUGGCAAACUAUACGUUUCCGCGGCGGCGGCGGCGCGUUUCCUAUUCGAAAUUCGGAAAUUCGAGGGCAAAUAUUGAGAUUUGUUAGGGAUUGCAAACUUGAUUUUUGGUUGCCAUCGGUCUGUCGGGAAAAUAAUGAACGCAAUGUCGAUGCGCCAAUCACGUUGCUGAAGUAAAAAGAAAUUUGAUUUUCUCCACGAUACAGUUCAUUUUCUCGGCGGCGAUGCGAUUUUCGUUGCGACAGAGUGCUCAUUAUUUUCCCGACAGACUGAUAAGUAUGGGUGCUGACGGCUGAGAUUUUACAGAGCAAAAAGAAGUCUUUCAAGGCUAAAGGGGAAAUUGAACCCGUGCGGCAUCAACCCUCUUGAUUUCCAGACUGCCGCAAUAGCCACGGCUAACUUAAGUCGGUCUCUUACCGAUGAAGAGAUCGACCGCGCUUUUUAUCGCUUGCAAUGCCUGCGCCUUUUAUCAGGAAAUUGUGCCAGUUUUGGGAAUUUCCGAGCCCUAAACCCAAAAUUGGGCAGCUAGCUUUGUCAUAUUUCUUGAUCAACACAACUUUCAGAUUUUGUAACUCAUGUUCCGCAUAAAAUUAGGAACGCCAAUAAAAAUACAAUUCUUGUAAAGAAAGCCUAACAAUAAGAGUCGCAGUUUUAGCAAUUCCCUUGCAAAAUUUUCCGUAUUUUUCGAUGCAUUUCGCCGCGAUUGAACUUUACUUUCAGUGGUUAGCACUUUGCAUAGCUUCUGGCUUAACAUUUAUCAGUCUGUCGGGAAAAUAGUGAGCGCAAUUUAGCUGCCUCGUCGCUGAAGUGAAAAGCAAUUUGAUUUUCUCCGCAACACAAUUCAUUUUCUCGGCAGCGAUGCGAUUUUCACUGCGACAUUCUGCUCAUUAUUUUCCCGACAAACUAAUAGUUGAAGAUUGGUCCAAAACGUUUCGACAGCGACCAAUUCUGGGGCCCUUUUGUGGUCCUCGAAGACAAAGGCCCUCCGGGGUGGGCGGGGCCCACUGGGGCCUUCCUUCACCCUUGAGCGGACUUCCAGCCGAUUUCCGGCAUCCGGUCAAUUGUCUUUAACGACCGGAGGCGCCCCGUCCGCCAUUGUUGCAUUCCCGUUUCCCCCGGCAUCGGGAAUAGGAAAGCGGCAAGAAAACCGGCCAUCCCCGCUUUUGUUGUGCGCCACCCAUUGUUCGCGGCCAUAACAAGCGUCGUCGCGGAGUGAUGGGGUUUUGUCCUCCCGCCUCGUACGACUGCUACUACCAUGCGGUUUUGAAGCUCAAGCAUGCCAAAAAUUCAAUGUUUUUGGCAUUUUUUUCAAGUCCAAGGGCUAAGAAUUUGUUUUCUUCUUGACAAAAGUCAAAGAUCUCGUUGAAUAGAAUUACUAGUCGGUUUGUAAAGUCGUUGGAUUAAUUUAGGCUUCGCCAAAUCUCUAGGUGUCGGCAUAGCGAUGAUGGAAGAUUCCAAAUCGCGACUAAUCCACAUUAUUUUCCCGACAGACUGAUAAGAUGACUUCGGAAGCCAUCAAAAAAAUUUUUAGGCUUAAAUUUAUUUUUAUAUGGUCAGUUUGUCGGGAAAAUAAUGAGCAAAAUUUCGCUGCGCCAAUCCCGUCGCUGAAAUGAAAAGAAAUUUGAUUUUCUCCGCGAUACAAUUCAGUUUCUCGGCGGCGAUGCGAUUUUCGAUCCAACAGAGUGAUCAUUAUUUUCCCGACAACCUGAGAGUAUUUUCAUAAAGUCACAUGGACAUUUGUCGCGGCCCGCACCGUGCAGAAAAAUUACCAAUUUUUUGCACCGUGCAUUUCACUUUCUUUCGGCUUUUGCACAGUGCAUCGAAUUAUAAAUAUCGCUGCGACAAAAGCAAGUUUCAACUACGUCGCUGUGAGGAACUUGCACAGUGCAAACGGCUUUUUUGAAGUUUGCACUGUGCGUUGGCGACAAGCCUGGGAAAAAGUUCAAAAUGCACUGUGCGAAGGCGAAAACAUGUCCAUGCACUUUAUGAAAAAAACUAUCAGUCUGUCGGGAAAAUAAUAAGCACUUUGUCGCAUCGAAAAUCACAUCGCCGCCGAGAAAAUUAAAUAUAUCGCGGAGAAAAUCAAAUUGCUUUUCACUUCAGCGACACGAUCGGCGCAGCGACAUUGUGCUCAUUAUUUUCCCGACAGAUUUAUAGUAUAAUCUCUAAGCUCUCUCCUACUUUUUUGCCCAUUCUCAAGUGUCUCAGGCAAAUUUAACGACACUAGACUUCAAUUCGAAGCCUCUGCUCUCCCACUCUCGCCCGAGACAGAUGUUGCUCAUGGCCGUCUGUCAUGUGCAGCGCCAAUAACUUUGAUUUAACACUCGCGUAUUCAUAAUGUUGUCAAACACUGCACACAUGUCACAUCCGCGCGCCCCCCACCCAACCCCAUAAUAUCUGGCAUCCCCCCUAUUUGAGUAGGGGUGGAUGCCAGGUGUGACGCGCGCCGCCCCCUCCGCUUGUCAUCGUCUUCAUGUCGCGCAGCUGUCGCGGCGAUCCCACCACUCCUCCCAAUCGUCUUUUAUUCGCGAUGCGAAUUCCAUCCGCUUUUUCUCCGACUGUUUCAAGGCCAGGCCCCCGGAACAGUCGGAUCCGCAAAUGGGGUGAGGGUGGAGUGAGGAGAUUGGGAGUGGUAAUUGAUGGACCACGGGGAGUUCAACUUCCCAAUUUAGCCCCGCCGAUCCGCGGUCAUUACAGCCACAUUUGGCGCCUAACGAGCCACUUCCAGAUCGUCAAGAUCGGGUUGGCGAGAUUUUAAGGAGUUUUUUGCUGGGUUGCUGCCAAAUUAGCCUCCAAUUUGAGGGAGAUUUGAUUUUUUCAUUUCACAAUAGAAGAUAUAUCUGUCGGGAAAGUAAUGAGCAUUAUGCCGGUGCCCCGAUCAUGUCGCUGAAAGCAAUUUGUUUCCUCUACGAUACAAUUCAUUUUCUCAGCGGCGAUGCGAUUUUCGCUGCGACAGAGAGCUCAUUAUUUUCCCGACAGACUGAUACGACUGGUCGAUUUUGAAGUCAGGCUUUGUGAACCAAAUCUCAGCGCAUUCUCAACGAGCUACCUAUUUUUUCGUUAUUUCAAGCGUUUGAUGUGCGGGUACCCCAAUUUUUCAAAUUAGCCAAAAUUUGGUGGGGAAUACGACUUUUGCGUUAUUUAUAUCAUCAUAUAAGGUCACAUACGGCCUUAUACUUUCAUAUCAGUCUGUCGGGAAAAUAACGAGCACUCUGUCGCCUUUUAAAAUCGCAUCGCCGUCGAGGAAAUGAAUUGUGUCGCGGAGAAAAUCAAAUUGCUUUUUAAUUCAGCGACGCAAUCGGCGCAGCGACAUUGUGCUCAUUAUUUUCCCGACAGACAGAGAUUAGUUAAUUUAUGAGGGUUUAUAUCCCCUUGGAAGAUGUUAUUGCUCCUUUAUUCAACUAGAUCGGCACUUUUUUGGGGCUGCUGUCUUCUUCCGAAUUUCUGCUAAAAAACACCCCUCCUAAAUGAUAGCCUCAAGGCGCGUUAAACUCUUCUUUACUCCAAUUUUUUGGAUCUUCUCCUCUUAUCAGUCUGUCGGAAAAAUAAUGAGCACAAUGCCGCUGCGCCAAUCGCGUCGCUGAAGUGAAAAGAACUUGAUUUUCUCCGCGGCACACUUCAUUUUCUCUUGAUUUUCGAUGCGAAAUUGUGCUCAUUAUUUUUCCGACAUACUGAAAUUUCUCCUCAAAACUUUUCCCUCAUGCUCCCUACAUCGCAAUGCGACAUUCUGCACCUCAUGCCUGGGGCGUUGUUGGUCGGAGAAACGACUCAACACGCCAAGGUAUGGGAAGAAUUGGAGCCUCCUGGGAAUGCCCUCCUUUUCCCCCGCCGUAAUCUGCGACGGCGGCGGGCACUUGAGCGCGGUUCGCACGGUACCUGAUUCCGCAUGUGCACUUAAUGGCAUUACAUCACUGACCUGGGCCCGGCGCGCCUGCUGUGUUUUUUUUUCGUCUUCGCCCUUCCUUUUCUUUGGCGAAUGGCGCUUAAUGCGGCGUGCAGUCUGCGUAAAUCCAAGAUGGGGGCUUUGAUGUGUAAAUUUGGGUCUGGUUAGGAGGUCGGAGGCUGGGUAUAACGAACUAUGAGGCGGGAAAUUUUGUUUGGUAGGGUUAUCUUGGCUAUAAUUUUGAUGUUUUUGUUGUAUUAUGUGUUGGUGUAAUUUGUUGUAAAAUCGCGCAUAAUUGAUAAAAAAUGGGAUGUACUGCUAUAAGUUUGUAGUAAAACAAAAAAUAGGGCAUGCUACGGAGGUAGAAUGAGGGAUCUGACUUGCUACGGCUGUAGAAGGAAGGAUCUGUCUUGUCUUGGCCAUAGAAUGGGGAGUCUUUCCCGCUACGGCUGUAGGAUGAAGAAUAUGUCUCGCUGUGGCCGUAGAGCAAAGAAUCUGUAUCGCUUUGGCCAGAGAAUCAUAAAUCUGCCUUACCUUGUCUAACGAAUAAGAUAUCUGCCUUUCCUUGAGCAAGGAAGGAAGAACCUGCAUCGCUUUGGCCAUAGAAUAAAAAAUCUGCCUUCCUGCUGCAGUAGAACAAGGAAUCUGUCUACAUUUUCCCUUAUAACGAACAAUCUUUCUUGCUUUUCCGAUAGCCCUACAAUAUCUUGCCCAUUAGCCACAUAGACUUGGCUCCGACUCUGAUAUGUCUAGUAUUCUUGGGUUCUAGAUUCCUUUAGAGGCAACCCUAAUGCUGGGCAUAUCGGAGGCAGUGCGAAUGUCUGGCUACUGUCCUAUUUUUUAUCAAAUUUUCCAAUCUUGGGCAUACAACAUUUCUAAAUAUUCAAAUUUUCAAAAAUUUAUCUUCUCCUUGCCAGUUAUCGCGAAAAAAAUUUUAAAAAAUAAAUUUUAAUAUCGUACUGUAACCUCCAAUCUUUCAGAACCCCGACCAGGAGCUCGAAUUCGAUGUGCACAUCAUCAGCUACGCGAAGCAAAUCACGAACGCCGUCUCGGCGCUGGUCAAGGCGGCGCGCUCCACGCAACGCGAGCUAGUCCAGCAGGGUCGGAUCGACCCCCGUCCCCAACAAUUCAAAGGCAACGACUACCAAUGGAGCGAGGGCUUCGUGUCGGCCGCCAAAGCCGUCGCCGCCGCCGUCCAACAACUCUGCGAGACCGCGAACAGCGUCGUAGCGGGGCACGCCAGCGAAGAGAAGCUGGCGGCGUGCGCCAAGACGGUGGCCGCGCAUACCGCACAACUGUUGGUGGCGUGCCGCGUGAAGGCCGACCAGGGCAGCCACAACAUGCAGCGGCUGCAGAGCGCCGGACAGGCGGUCCGCGUCGCCGCCGAGAGUCUGGUGAAUGCGGCGCGACAGCGGGUGGCGGACGACGAGCGAAUCGUCGUCAUCAACGACCGCAUGGUGCAUGGUAUUGCGCAGGUAAGAGAGUGGCCAAGAGAGGCCAAAAAAUCAUGGAGAAAAAUAGAAAAAAAUCAUCAAAAAUGUCAAGUAUAAUAUAGAAGAAAGCAAAAAAAGAGUAUAAAACAAUGAAAAUUGAAAGAGAUAUGAAUCGCAUUGUGUCAACAAGUUAACAACAUCCCAUUCUAGGUGAUGAAAGCUCAAGAAGAAGUGAUACGCAAGGAGCGCGAGCUGACCGAAGCCCGCCGACAGCUGGCCCAAGUGAACAAGUCCCGAUACGCGCCGCAGGACUCGGACGAGGACGCCGCCUGA